AUGAAUUCUAUUCGCCCAGGUCCACCAGUUGUAAGGCCGAAUCCUCUCCACAUCACUUUCAAGAAUCCGAACUGGCCGGCAAAUUUUAUCACUCCUGAGAACGCUCUCGAGUAUUUUUGUAACUCAGACAAUGCGUUCUACGACAAGAGCUCAUGUAACGAGAACGUGCGUAUGCAGAACAUAUCACGCCCCCUGGAAGAAUGUCUGCUAUCGAUGACAGGUAUACAGUAUGUUUUGUGGAGUGCUCAACCUCCUUUAUAUGUAAUUUGUAAGCAUCGUCGAAACAAUGUGCAAAAUGUGACGCCACUUGCAUACUACUACAUCAUUAAUGGAACAGUCUAUCAGGCUCCCGAUGUGUACACUUUUGUGCAAUCUCGACUGUUAGGAGCUGUGGAACCGUUAAAAAACGCCUUCGACCACGUCAUACAAUAUUCACGAUAUAACGUAGCAAAAGGCUACUACUGGCAGUUUGACAAGAAACCAACUAUGAAACGAGAGGAUGAAAAGUCAGAGGAAGAAAAACCACUUCAAGCGCGGAGUACACAUUUCCAAAAGACACGAACUCAUAUGCUGAUGCAGAACCUAUUUGAGAUGUUUCCUGCUGGAAAUGAUCCAGCUGAGAAAUCUGAAGCUAUGGAAUUGGAUGAGAAGCCUGAAUCGAACGGAGAUGUAACUCAUUCACAGGCUACGGGAUCAGCAGCCAAUUUGCCUGGGAUUUCUGCGACAAAGCCAAAGUAG